GGCCAAACUCGACCUGCAAGCUCCGGCACGAGGACGACAACAUUCCACCGCCGUCCGCAUCCCACCACCAACACCACGUCGAGCGCGGCGUCCGACCCAUCAAUUGCCCCCCGCACACACACAGCAACAGCCAUGGCCGACGAGUCACCCAAGACGGUGGCGCCCAUCCCGCGCACCACGCGCCCCAUGAGCGAAGCCCUGUUGAACGAAAAGUGGGACCGCUGUCUCUCCUCGAUGAUGAUCCGCUCCGGCCUCGGCCUCGGCUUCGGGGUCGUCUUCUCUGUCCUCCUCUUCAAGCGACGCGCAUGGCCGGCCUUUGUUGGUCUCGGAUUCGGUGCCGGACGGGCCUGGGAAGAGUGUGACAACUCUUUCAAGCGGGCCGCCGCACCUCCAAAGGACGGCCUCCGAGUCGUGAGGCCAUAGGAGCACGACAAGCUGUGGCAUGGUCAGGGCCCUUCUUGCAUGUAAUACCAACUUUGCUCGCGAAACUUCGCUGUACAGUACGGCAGGGUAUAGAUCGUUUUGGACAAUUCACUAUGUACAUUU